AUGGCUCUUUCACCAACACCUCGUGCUUUGUUCUUCGAUGUCUUUGGUACCUGCGUCAACUGGCGCUCUACCGUGGUAGGCGAGUUGGAGGCCCAGGCUCAUGCUGCACUCAAUUCGGCUGCUGCGUCUUUGGCGUCCCGUGUCAGACUUACAGCAUCUGAUAUGACCACCCAACACUGGGGUGAAUUUGCUCGGCAAUGGAGGGACGGCUACAGGAAGUUCACACGCGCUCUCGCUACAGAUCCAUCCGUUCCCUGGAAGUCGGUUGAUGAGCACCAUCUCGAAUCCUUGAAGGAGUUGGUGGUCAAGUGGCAGAUCAAUGGUUUAUGGGAUGAUGAACAGCUUCGCGCUAUCAGUCUUAUCUGGCAUCGACUGGAACCUUGGGCGGACUCUGCUAUGGGUGUCUCCAUGCUAAACAGGCUCUUCUAUACGUGCACCCUGUCCAACGGCAACCUUAGCCUUCUUGGGGACCUUCGUACUCAUAGUACCAUCCCCUUCACGCAUCUCUUCUCGGCCGAGCUCUUCGGUACCUACAAGCCUUCGCCGCGUGUGUAUCUUGGGGCUGCCGAGAAGCUAGAGCUGCCGCCUGAUCAAUGUGCCAUGGUGGCCGCGCAUCUCAACGAUCUGAGGGCUGCGAAGGACAAUGGUUUGCAGACCAUAUAUGUUGAGCGCCCUGGUGAGGAGGAGUGGAGCAAUGAACAGGUUGAGAAGGCGCGUCAGGAGUGUUGGGUCGACUUGUGGAUCAGCUCUGGUAACGGAAGUAAGGGUUUCAUCACUGUGGCGGAGAAGUUGGGCAUUGAACUGAAUGCUGCCGAUCAAUCAAGGAGGCUCAGCACGUCGGCUCCCGUUGGUGGUGCAUGAGCCUUGUCGCGACGUUGCCUACCGCGUGUGUUGGGACGUGAUUAUAUACUCAAAGCAAGCAUAGCGUCAAUGAAUGAUAUCAGAUG